AUCAGAUCAUCUACCGUUCUUCCCCUUUCCUUUCACAUUUUACAGGUUCUUUCGCCGGUUCCACCUCUCAAACACUACAUUAUACCCCCUCUAUUCAAAUCUCCCGCUCAUCUGACUUCCAUUUCCUGGACUAGUGCAUUGCACUUCCUAUCGCUGGAAACGGAGUGGUCACGUGGUGCUGUGAUGUCACGGAUGACAUCGGAAGGUCCACUGCGGGGAUAGGGUCGUAGAGAAUUCGGAGAACUCCCGCGCUUAUUGCGAACAGGAGUACAGCGGAAAGUACACUCUUGGGAAUGGAUCAUCUGCCAAAUAGUUCUGCUUGGGGACAUUUGGUAAUCUAAGGUAUCCUGCCACAGAAAUAUUCUGUAUUGACUGAAGAAGGUGAACGGCUUCUGAAUAAAAUGCCAGGAGUCACUCACUGUGAAAGCCAAACAGUCCUAUCUGAAAGCAGUCCUCCAAAAAGGAACCGCUUAUCCUUGCGCUUUUUUCAGAAGAAAGACACUAAGAGGGCACUGGAAUUUACUGAGGCUUCACCAGCAGCAGAAAGCCAAAAUGAUGAGGAAAAGGAAUCAGAAAUCUGCAGUGAUCAAGUUGUUCCAACUCCUCAGUUAUCACCACCAGCUUGCUGUGUAAAAAAAGAAGGUCUUAUUCCAUUUGUUGGCUUGAAUAAUCUUGGUAAUACCUGCUACCUCAACAGCAUACUUCAGGUAUUGUGCUAUUGUCCUGGAUUUAAAAGUGGGAUCAAGUUUCUGUCUGAGAUCAUUUCUAAGAAGGCAGAAAAUAUAAGCAAAGAGAGAGAGCAGACUCAAGACAAGGACACUGUAAAGCAUGAGUUACCUGCAAGUUAUGAUGUCAUCUGCAGUUUAAGUUCUUUGGUUCACUCUAUGGAACACCUUCAAAUAACUUUUCUAUCAAACCCAGAAAAUUAUGAUUCUGAACUUGCAGCCCAACCAAGGAGGCUUCUUAACACAUUGAGGGAGGUAAAUCCUAUGUAUGAAGGUUAUCUACAGCAUGAUGCACAAGAAGUUUUGCAGUGUAUUCUGGGAAAUAUUCAAGAGGCAUGUCAAAUUAUGAAAAAGGAAAUACAGAAAAACUCACAGAUGAAUAAUUUCAGUAGCAAUGUGCAGGACACUGCUAAAUCAACAGCUGAGUGCAAUGGGUUAAAUGGUGGUGACCCUGAGGCUAUAAAUGGCAGCUCUGCUGAAAUAACAAAUGAAAAUGGCAAAAGAAAAAGUGAUAAUGAUGCUGGGAAUGUAAAAAAAAGGACCAAAUUAACCAAAGAGCCAUCAGCAGAAGAACAGAGACUAACCAGAUCAAAAAGGAAGUCCCUAUCAGAUACAAAACAAGAUAAAAGUACAGUUGCUCCACCUAAGACUGACAGUGCAAAUUCAAACCAUUCACAGAAAAAAUCAAAGCUAAGGUUAACCUGGCUGAAAUCUAGUAAACAACCUAGCAUAUUAUCUAAAUUUUGUAGCUUGAGUAAACAGUCAGACUCUUCAUCUAAAUGCUCUGAAACUAGAACACACAGCAUAAAAACCAAAGAUAAAACAUCUGAAAGUGAACAGUCUAAAGAAAAUAGCGAAACUACAAAAACUGUUUCAGGAAAUGAAUCAAGUGGUUUUGAAUUGGUGGAAAAAAUGUUCCAAGGAGAGCUGGUGUUGCGAACCCGCUGUCUUGAAUGUGAGUCUUUCACAGAGAGGAGGGAAGAUUUUCAAGAUAUCAGUGUGCCUGUUCUAGAAAGCGAACCACCAAAACUGGAGGACUCUUCUGACCUUUCUCCUGAUCCCCGACUUGAAACAAAGACUUUAAAAUGGGCAAUUUCCCAGUUUGCAUCAGUAGAGAGAAUUGUCGGAGAGGACAAAUAUUUCUGUGAAAAGUGUCAUCAUUACACCGAAGCUGAAAGAAGUCUUCUUUUUGACAAAAUCCCAGACAUCGUGACAAUUCAUCUAAAAUGCUUUUCUGCAAAUAGCUCUGAAUUUGAUUGCUUUGGUGGUCUUUCCAAAGUAAACACUGCAUUGUUGACUCCGCUGGAUUUGUCUCUUGAGGAAUGGAGUACAAAUCAAAGCAAGGACCUUUAUCGGCUAUUUGCAGUGGUAAUGCACAGUGGGGUUACUAUAAGCAGUGGCCACUAUACCGCUUAUGUUCGAAUUCCAGAAAUGAGUGAUCUUGAAAGAGACCAUAUAAAAACUCUUGUUGACCACAAGGAUGUUCUAAAGGCUGAGCCAUUAAAUGAAGACGAGGCACGGAUGAGCGAUGCCAAUUAUGAUGAUGGAGAGGUCUCGUUUAGAGUGAAUGGUUGUAUACCAUCAGCCAGCAAAGUGAGCAAAAAGCAAACCGAAACUGUAAGCCUUUUAGGAGGACAAAAAAGUAAACCAGACUUUCAGCAGUUACCAAACAAGUCUGCUAAAUCGGAAACUGUCUUAAACUCCCUUGGGGAUGAAAGUUACAGUGCGAGCUUUAGUGUAGACCUUCAGUGUGAGCUAUCGGAAGAGAGGAACUUGAGUGCAUCCUCAUAUACCUGCAAAUCUGCCAACUCAACUUCUUCCUUUUUGGAAAGCCUGAAAGAGUAUUUAGGAAAAUGGCUUCUUUUUGACGAUUCAGAAGUAAAAGUUACAGAAGAAAAAGAUUUCAUGACUGCUAUUUCCCCAAACACCCUUUCAACAUCCACUCCUUAUUUGCUCUUCUAUAAGAAAUUAGUUUAAAACCUGCAGAUAUUUUGUAAGCAAAAGGUAUAUGUACGUUACUCUUUGGAGAUUGUGUCUAUAUAUGAGAUUAUUUGUACAUAUGUAUAUGUAAAUUUUGUUAUAUUAUAGAGUUAACACUACAGUAUUGAGUCUUUAUCCGUAUGUAAAUAUUACAGGUAAAUUCCAGUUGGCAGUCAUGUCUGCUAGCGAAUGCUUACAUAGCUUCUUUUUUUUUUUUUUUCUUGUUUUCAUCUAAUUUCAUCUUUAUUAACAAAAUAUUACUGAAUAUCAUGAUUAUUGAUCGCCUGGAAUUUGGUUUUGACAAUACCACAUUAUUACAUUGUCCAUGCCUUUCCAUAAACCAUGCAUACAUUGCUUUCAGCUAAAGUUUUCUCAAUCACCUUUUAGAGCUCGCCUACAAAAGGCAACUGCUUUCAAAUAGGAUUGGUGUUGAUUGAUGUUAACUGCAAAACUGAAGUUCUUUUUUGGAUUGUGCUGUAUGAUGGAUGAAGUUUUUGUAUUUAUUGUGAAAUAGUAACUGUGUGUAUUGGAUUACAAAACAAACAGGAAGUUUUUAUUUGUUAAUCGUAGUUCAUUAUAAAUCAUUUUAAUAUGCUUUCUGAUUUUUUUUCUUAUUGUAAGAAAUGAAUUUUAAUUAAAAUAUUUCCUACUUUU